AUGGAAAGUUAUAAAGCAGGAAAAUGGUCACCAAACACAGCUGUUGACGAGGAUGAUACGGAUAUCAUGAAGUUUAUCGGUCGCUCUGAUUUUACACCGGCCAAACCACAGGAGGCCACUGCUAGGAUCAUUGGAGGUGGUAACGUAGACGAAUCCAUCGGAAAUGACGCACAUCCGGUUUUGUUCGAGUACAUGAAGCAUUUCGAGAGUCAGACAAAGACAGGAGCUGUUGCUCCCUCAGCUACUUCUCACUUCAUUGCCGAGCAGAUCACGCCUCCACAUGGCAUAGCAGGAUCCACAAAUAAUAUUGGAGCAUUCGAUUCCCACGUCCCUGAUCGAUUACAUGUCAACGAUAUACACAGUCCUGGCCUCCGUCCCGGCUCCUAUAGUACAACCCAGGCGUCCAAUUCUACUCCAUGGCCCUCGAAUAGUUUGUACGAUGAUUCUCAUCUCAACUUGGAUUCUCUUUUAGGACAAACCCAGAACCUUUCGUCACAACAACCCUUCCCUUUCCAUGAUCUGCUAUCAGACCAUGGAUCAGGGUUUUACCAGACCAACGAGCAGCAAUUACAAGAUCAAGUAUGGGAGCAGUUCCUAUCUACCCUCAUGCCGGGAGAAAUCGCCCUGACUCUAAACGAGAUCAAACAGUAUCCCUCUCGUACAGAAUUUCAUCCGCUGGGAUUACCGUAG